CUUUGUGUGAUGUGGAAAGCAAUAAAAUCCUCUCCUGAAACCAUGUGCUUGGCUGUAUUGUAACAGGAGAUGUGGUUUUGCGCAUGGCCGCAUGGUGGCAUCCUGCGCUGCGCUGCUGCUGAAGCAUCAGAUCCCAGCGUUACCUCACGAAGAACCCGGGACUCGUCCUCAUCCGAGGCACCGGCAGCCGGGCUUUCCUCUACGGCACGGCUCCCACUCUCAUCCUGUGACUGUGUGCAAGUUUCUCCCCCCACCGCCCCCCAUUCUCCGCUCAGCGAACUGCUGUAGUUCUUCUCCGCUCCUGUCAGAGCAAAUUGGCGACCUUGACGGUGCGCUCUGGGGAGGAACUUUACGGGGGGUGUGCUCCAUUUGUGGCGCUCCUCUUCAGAAAGGAAAGGAUUCGAGGAAAAGUCUGUUCUGUGCUUUGCAGAAGAAGAAAAGAGAAAGAACAAAAACACCUAAGCACUCCGUCGGGGACAAGGCGAAGGAGGAAGUUUUUAAGUAAAGAGAAGAAGACGAAGAAAAAGAACAAACCAGCAUCUCAAGGACGCACGACGUGUAAGUGGGGAAAGGUGUUCUAUGAGGUGCAGCUUUCCUUCUUACAGGUGCAGCAAGAGACAGACUGUAUUUGGACUUAACCUGGAUUCAUCUGAUUGAGUUGCAUCCUUCAGAAAAACAAACGCGCUCUGUUUCGGUACUCCUACGGAAAUAUUUUACCAUCAACGAGGCUCGUGGAACUACAGCGAACUUAGACUGUAAAACACACACACAGUUUGACCGAAUUUCUCCGGUCGCCACAGGCUACGGCAGAGGCUUGGUUUUGCGCUCCGAGAUCGGUGCGCUCUGCUCGACUUUAGUGGUCGCAGGUCCUCCUGACAGAGAGAAUCAAGCAGCAGGCGAACGGCACCACAGCCACGGCGGGACUCGGCCACUACGGCAUGCUUAAAGCUCACCGGGCACUUGUUGUCCAGUCCUCCCGGUUUGGGACCAUGUUUGAGGACUCCUUUAACAGAUCGAUGUGGCGCGUCGCAUGGAUUUUAUUUUUUUCCUUACUCAUCCACUGCGCACAACCUCAAGAUGACGUGCCUCCCUACUUCAAGACAGAGCCAGUGCGUAGCCAGCUCCAUCUGGAACGUAACAGGCUGGUGCUGACCUGCAUGGCGGAGGGAAGCUGGCCACUAGAGUUUAAAUGGAUCCACAAUAGCACAGAAUUAACACGCUUUUCACUGGAGUACAGGUACCUAAUCCCUUCACUGGACCGCUCCCAUGCUGGCUUUUACCGCUGCAUUGUGAGAAAUCGGGUGGGAGCCCUUCUGCAGAGGCGCACAGAAGUACAAGUGGCCUUUAUGGGCAGUUUUGAGGAAGGCGAACGCACCCAGUCAGUCUCUCAGGGAGAGGGUGCUGUGAUUCCAGCGCCACGCAUCCGCAGCUUCCCUCAGCCACAAGUCACCUGGUUCAGAGAUGGGCGCAAGAUUCCACCCAGCAGCCGCAUUGCCAUUACUUUGGACAACACGCUGGUUAUCUUGUCUACUGUGGCACCGGAUGCCGGACGCUACUAUGUGCAAGCUGUAAAUGACAAGAAUGGAGAGAACAAGACCAGCCAGCCCAUCACCUUGUCAGUAGAGAAUGUUGGCGGUCCAGCAGAUCCCAUUGCCCCCACCAUUAUCAUCCCUCCCAGGAACACCAGUGUGGUCACAGGCACAUCAGAGGUCACGAUGGAGUGUGUGGCCAAUGCCAGACCUCUUAUCAAGCUGAGUAUCUCAUGGCGUAAGAACGGCGUGUUGGUGAACAGCGGUUUGAGUGACUUCAACCGCAGACUGACCAUCCUGAGUCCUGUGGUGAGCGACGCCGGCUACUACGAGUGUGAGGCCAUUCUCCGCAGCAGCAGCGUGCCUUCAGUCAGUGCUGGGGCUUAUCUGCAUGUCCUUGAGCCACCACAGUUUAUAAAGGAACCGGAGAAACACAUCACAGCUGAGAUGGAGAAGGUGGUUGACAUUCCCUGUCAGGCACGGGGAGUGCCCCAGCCAGACAUUGUGUGGUACAAGGAUGCUUUGCCUAUCGACCCAGUGAGGACACCCAGGUACAGGGUGUUGGUGGGCGGCAGCCUCCAGGUCAACGGCCUACUGCCUGAUGACACCGGCAUGUUCCAGUGCUUUGCCCGAAAUUCAGCCGGAGAAGUUCAGACCAACACUUACCUGGCUGUUACAAGCAUUGCCCCGAAUAUCACAGCCGGACCCUCUGAUAGCACUGUGAUCGACGGGAUGUCAGUCAUUCUGCACUGUGAGACCUCUGGAGCUCCAAGGCCAGCUAUCACCUGGCAAAAAGGUGAGCGCGUGUUAGCCAGCGGUUCAGUCCAGCUGCCCCGGUUCACCCUGCUCGAAUCGGGCAGCUUGCUCAUCUCGCCUUCACACAUCUCUGAUGCCGGGACCUACACUUGCAUGGCAAGCAACUCCAGGGGCAUUGACGAGGCAUCUGCUGACCUUGUUGUUUGGGCUCGCACUCGGAUUACCACCCCCCCACAGGACCAGAGCGUUAUCAAAGGAACUAAAGCCAUUAUGAACUGUGGAGUCACACACGACCCGAGUGUGACAGUCAGGCAUGUCUGGGAAAAAGAGGGCUCAGUCAUAAACGUUCAGUCCAUCCCCCGCAUGCGGCUAGAUGCAGAUGGUACGCUUCACAUCUCCCAAACCUGGUCAGGUGACAUAGGCACCUACACAUGCCGAGUGACCUCUGUUGGAGGCAACGACUCCCGCAGCGCGCACCUCCGUGUCAGACAGUUGCCCCAUGCCCCAGAGAACCCUACGGCCGUGCUGAGCAAAUCUGAAAAAAGAGCCAUCGACCUGGCUUGGGCCAAGCCUUUUGAUGGCAACAGUCCCCUCAUACGCUAUAUCCUGGAGGUUUCUGAGAACAAUGCUCCCUGGGCCAUCCUGCUGGCCAAUAUUGAACCUGAGUCCACAGCAGUGACGGUCAACGGCUUGAUCCCAGCUCGCUCCUAUCAGUUCCGCCUCUGUGCUGUUAAUGAUGUGGGGAAGGGACAGUUUAGCAAGGAGACAGACCGGGUCUCUCUCCCAGAGGAGCCCCCCAGUGCUCCUCCUCAAAAUGUCAUUGCUAGUGGUCGGACCAACCAAUCUAUCAUGAUCCAGUGGCAGCCUCCGCCGGAAAGCCACCAGAACGGCAUCCUCAGAGGCUACAUCGUUCGGUACCGUCUCACUGGGCUGCCUGUGGACAACCAAAUCAAGAACAUUUCCAGCCCGGAUGUGACCACGCUGCUGCUGGAAGACCUCAUCAUCUGGACCAAUUAUGAGAUUGAGGUGGCUGCCUACAAUGGGGCAGGUUUGGGCACUUUCAGCCAUAAGGUUACUGAGUGGACCCUGCAAGGAGUGCCCACCAUAGCUCCAGGCAACGUGCAGGCCGAGGCGGUCAACUCAACAACUAUCCGUUUUACGUGGACAGCCCCUAACCCCCAGUUCAUCAACGGCAUUAACCAGGGCUACAAGUUGCUGGCCUGGGAACCUGGCAAGGAUGACGAAGUUGCCAUGGUAACAGUACGACCGAACUUCCAGGACAGCGUCCAUGUGGGAUAUGUGACAGGUCUGAAGAAGUUCACCGAGUAUUACACCUCUGUGCUGUGCUUCACGACACCCGGAGACGGCCCCCGCAGCCCGCCUAAAGCAUUGAGGACGCAUGAGGACACCCCCGGUGCAGUGGGUCAUCUGAGUUUCACCGAGAUUUUGGACACCUCACUCAAAGUCAGCUGGAGUGAGCCCAGCGAGAAGAAUGGAGUUCUCACAGGUUACCGCAUUUCUUGGGAGGAGUACAACCGAACAAACACCAGAGUCACCCACUACCUGCCCAAUGUCACCUUAGAGUACAGGGUCACUGGGCUCACUGCUCUCACCACCUACACUAUUGAAGUGGCAGGAAUGACCUCCAAGGGCCAGGGCGUGCUGUCCUCCUCCACCAUUUCCUCCGGUGUCCCACCAGAGCUUCCUGGCCCUCCUACCAACAUGGCAAUUUCCAAUAUUGGCCCACGCUCCAUCAACCUGCAGUUCAAACCUGGCUAUGAUGGCAAAACUUCUAUUUCCCGCUGGCUAGUGGAGGCCCAGGUGGGUGCGGUAGGAGAAAAUGAGGAUUGGUUGAUGGUCCACCAGGUGUUCAACGAACCUGAGGCUCGCUCCUUAGAGGUGCCAGGUCUCAACCCAUAUACCUUUUACAGGUUUCGCAUGCGUCAGGUGAACAUAGUGGGUACCAGUCCUCCCAGCCAGCCCUCCAGAAAAAUUCAGACCCUACCAGCUCCUCCCGACAUGGCCCCUGCCAACGUCACCCUGCGCACCGCUAGCGAAACAAGCCUCUGGUUACGAUGGAUGCCUUUGCCUGAAUGGGAAUAUAAUGGGAAUGCAGAGCAGGUGGGCUACAGGGUUCAGUACUCCCGUGCAGGCUCACAGGGCCAUCCACUCACCCAUGUUAUUACCGACCGUCUGGAGAGAGAGUUUACUAUUGAGGACCUGGAGGAGUGGACAGAAUAUGAGGUCAGGGUCCAGGCUGUCAACGGCAUUGGAGUGGGACCCUGGAGCCAACCGGUCAGAGGCAGGACACGGGAGUCUGUUCCCUCCAGUGGUCCCACCAACGUCUCUGCCUUUGCCACUACUUCAAGCAGCAUCCUGGUGCGCUGGUUUGAAGUCCCAGAGCCGGACAGGAAUGGGCUCAUUCUGGGCUACAAGGUGGUGUAUAAAGAAAAAGACUCGGACAGUCCAGUCCACUUCUGGACAGUAGAGGGGAAUGCCACUCACAGUGUCCAGCUGACUGGUCUGGGAAAAUAUGUCCUCUAUGAGAUCCAAGUUCUGGCAUUCACACGGAUUGGAGAUGGACGGCCGAGCUCUCCACCUAUUCUUGAAAGGACCUUGGAUGAUGUCCCAGGACCUCCAGUGGGUAUCCUGUUCCCUGAAGUCCGAACCACCUCAGUCCGCCUUAUUUGGCAGUCCCCUGCCCAGCCGAAUGGCAUUAUACUUGCCUACCAGAUCACGUACCACCUCAACUCCACCAAUAGCAACACAGCCACAGUGGAUGUGCUGAACCCCAGCGCCCGCCAGUACACGGUGACUAACCUCAAGCCAGAAACUGUCUAUGUGUUUCGCAUCACGGCACAGACAAGGAAAGGCUGGGGUGAGGCGGCCGAGGCACUCGUGGUUACCACGGAGAAAAGAGCUCGUCCUCAGCCUACCAGCCGCCCCCUGGUUCCUCAAAAACACGUUCAGGCUCGCCAGGUGUUACUUUCAUGGGAGCCUGGUAGUGACGGCCUGUCCCCCGUGCGUUACUAUACGGUCCAGCUGAGAGAGCUUCCUGAAAGCAACUGGACAGUCCACUCAGCAUCUGUCAGCCACGAGGCCACAACCUACAUAGUAUCCAGGCUGAAACCCUUCACAUCUUACCAGUUCAGAAUAAAAGCCACCAAUGACAUAGGGGACAGCGAGUACAGUCAGGAAAGUGAAGCAAUCACAACUCUACAGGAUGUGCCUGACGAAGCACCCUCGAUUCUCUCUGUCACGCCACACACAACAACGUCAGUGCUGAUCCGCUGGCAGCCCCCCUCAGAGGAGAAGAUAAAUGGUAUCUUACUGGGCUUUCGCAUUCGAUACCGCGAGCUGCUGUACGACCGUCUCCGCAGUUAUAUUCACACAGUCAACAGUGCAUCCGCCUGGGCUGAGCUCUCUGCUCCCUACAGCCUCCGAAAUCUGAGUGAUUCAACGCUCACCCAGUAUGAGUUAGACAAGCUAAGUAAACACAAGCGUUAUGAGAUACGCAUGAGUGUGUACAACGCUGUGGGUGAGGGGCCAACCAGCCCUCCACAGGAGGUGUUUGUUGGAGAAGCAGUGCCGACGGCCCCACCCCAGAAUGUGGCUAUUCAGUCCGCAACAGCCACCCAGCUGGAUGUGACGUGGGACCCUCCACCUGUGGAUGCGCAGAAUGGAGACAUCCAGGGAUACAAGAUUUACUUUUGGGAAUUCCAGCGUAAGAACGAGACUGAGCGGAUGCGGACUCUGUUUAUGCCUGAAGGAGGGGUGAAGCUGAAGAACUUGACUGGUUACACCACCUAUAUGAUCAGUGUGGCUCCAUUCAACGCUGCUGGGGACGGACCCCGAAGCCCACCAACGAGGGGACGCACUCAGCAAGCAGCUCCCAGUGCUCCCAGCUUCAUUCACUUCAGUGAACUGACCACCACCUCUGUCAAUGUGUCCUGGGGCGAGCCCACCUUCCCUAAUGGCAUCAUUGAGGGCUACCGUCUGGUCUAUGAACCCUCCACACCUGUAGAUGAGUCUUCAGUGGCCUGUGCCGACUGUCUCCACUCCCCCUCCCCCCCAGGCGUCAGUAAGACAGUGACGGUGGAUGUGAAGGGGACCGGCCCUCUCUGGUUGAAGAUCAGAGACCUGGCAGAUGGCGUCACGUACAACUUCCGCAUCCGGGCCAAGACCUUCAUCUACGGGCCUGAGGUGGAAGCAAAUAUCACCACGGGACCAGGGGAAGGUGCCCCAGGGCCCCCCGGAGAGCCAUUUAUUACGCGCUACAGUUCAGGCCUCACCAUUCACUGGACCCCUGGAGACCCAGGACGUUCUCCCAUAACACGCUAUGUAAUUGAGGCCCGACCCUCAGAUGAGGGUUUGUGGGAUAUCUUAAUCAAGGACAUCUCCAAGGAUGCAACAUCGCACACAUUCAACAUGGACAUCCUGAAACAAGGUGUCAGUUAUGACUUUCGGGUCAUUGGAGUGAACGACUAUGGCUAUGGCUCUCCGAGUCUACCUUCUCCCUCCAUAUCUGCCCAAAAAGUGGCUCCUUUCUAUGAGGAAUGGUGGUUCCUGGUCGUGGUGGCUCUAGUGGGACUCAUCUUCAUUCUGCUGCUAGUUUUCAUCCUCAUUAUCAGAGGACAGAGCAAGAAGUAUGCAAAAAAGUCUGAAUCAGGUAACAACUCCAACUGUAACGCUCUCACCCACGGAGAUAUGGUCAGCCUGGACGAAGGACGUUUCCCAGCUCUGGAACUUAACAAUCGACGGCUGUCUGUAAAAAACUCUUUCUGCAGGAAGAACGGCGUCUACACCAGGUCUCCUCCCAGGCCCAGCCCAGGCAGUCUUCACUACUCGGACGAGGACGUCAGCACCAAGUACAAUGACCUGAUCCCUGCAGAGAGCAGCAGCCUGACUGAAAAACCCUCGGAAAUCUCAGACUCACAGGGCAGCGACAGUGAGUAUGAGGUGGACCCUAACCGUCAGAAGACCCACUCCUUCGUCAACCACUACAUAAGUGACCCUACCUACUACAACUCCUGGCGGCGCCAACAGAAAGGCAUAUCCCGGGCGCAGGCCUACAGCUACACAGAGUCAGAGUCAGGAGAGCCGGAUCACUGCGCCCCACCACCGCUGCCCCCUCUACCUCCACUGCCACCCCAGCUGAGUUCACCCAGCCCUCAGCCUCAGCAGGCUCAGGGCCAGCCCCAGGGCCAAGGCAGCCUCUUUAGACCCAAAGGUAGCCGGACUCCCACCCCCUCCCAGCAGAGCUCCAACCCUCCGAGCCAGCACAGCACCUUGUACAGGCCCCCCAGCAGUCUAGCCCCUGGCUCACGGGCCCCUAUUGCUGGCUUUUCCUCUUUUGUGUGAAGAAUACUGAGGACAUAGAAACUUCUGAAAAUACCUACCCAACUUGUGUUGAAGAAGAACAUAGCAUUGCAGUCAGCCCAAUCAAGUCACUCACUCUUUAUUUUCAUCAUCAGUUUCUUUUCCAUAACUCACAUGUUAUUUUUUUAGUGAGCUUGGAUGCAUCGAAACACCAUGAUACUUUUUAAGGCGUUUUUUUUUUUUUUUUUGUCUAAUGUGUGGAAGUGUGCCAGUGUAAACUUUGGUUUCUCUCACCGGCUGAUAAAAACAAAAAAAGGUCUCUGCAACAUCUAUUCACUUUUAUUUUGUUAGUUGAAAUACUUGCAUGGCUUUAUCAUUUAUUUCCUUCUUUUUACUUUUUUAAACUCAUUCAGUGGUAAUAUCUGAUUCUGUACAAAGUCACUAGAAUCUUUGAAAACACACACACACACAGACACACAUAUAAAUAUAUAUAUACAUAUAUAUAAAUAUUCUAUAGUAGACAUGCCUAGAAGACAAAAUGAAGUCAGUGCUGACUCUACUUUGAUGAAGACUGAUAUGACAAUAUGAUGGAGCCAUAUUGUGGAAGUUAAAGAACAAUUAUUUGUUUGGACUGGAUGUAAAAACAAAAAACUGCCAGCGUAAAGGUGGAAUUUAUGCCAAAUCGAAGACAUUUAAUGUGCUGGUUGUGAGAGUUUUUAAAUGACAUUGAAGAAGCAAUCAUGGAUUUCAGUGGAAAAACUCUCUGGCCUAUAACAUACACAUACAUUAAAAAAAAAAAGUCAGACAGCAUUUGGCCAUAGUAGUAGGUCAAAUGUCAGUGACUGCGGCGUGCCUGAAGGAUCCUGCAGAUAUAUGAAACGAGUGUAUAUCUGUUUAAGUGGAAGUGUUUAAGUCUGUUUUUUGUGAGUGUGUUACAGUGGAUCGAAGAUGCCUUGAUAGAGAAACAUGUAUUUAUGAUCUCUGGCACCAAUUGUGAAUGGACUGUUGAUGGUGCCCCGAGACUUUGGCAUCGUGUUGCCUCAUGUGGGCCGGGAAUCAGUUUGCAUACAAAACCCAUAUCUCAUAUUUCACUUUUCGCUGGCUCACAUAAACACACAUGAGUAACAUUCUACUGAAAUGCUUUGGAAUCCAACUUAAGAGGCGAAGUCUCAAAACUGUCAUCAGGAACUGUUACAAGUGAGCACAGCUGUUAGUUCUACGGUGUGAUUUUGAUAAGAGACCAAGAGGAUUCCCACCACCCCCCUGUUUUCUUCCCUGCUGAGAUAACUCUUCGCUGUCACUGAUCACUAUCGCUGGGCAGCGCCGAGCCUGCACCAAGAGAUGAUGUCAUUGAAUUGCCUCACCUCUUUUCCUUUUAUGUAAACAACCACUCUGUAAUAUUCAGGUGUGACUGUAUUGUCCCAGAUGCAAUUACGUGUGUGCGUGCGUGCGUUUUGUGUGUGCGCGUGCAUGUGUGUGUGCGUGCUCACUCUUCUUUUGUGUAAGCUUACAGAUCAUUCACUUUAUGUCUGUUUAUAAAGAGAUUGUUCUGCAGCAAAUGUAAACCUGCCCGGAGUAACGCCACAGAGGGCUGACGUGGUCCAGCCACCUGCCAGGCGCACUCAUAACGCUAUAGUGAAGACUCAGUGGUGUGUUCUUAGUUUUCAUAGUUCAAAAAGCAGAAAAAAAAUGUCAUCUACUUUUUUUUUUAUUAUUUGUGGGGUGAUUUCAUUGUACGCAACAAAAGCUUAUCAUGCAGAAUCUGAAUGAAUAUAUGAUCACAGUACAUUUCUGAAAUAAAUUAUUUUUCAAUGUUAACUGUUCUGGUACUGAAUUGUGAAAUGUAAAGGGGAGAUGGGAGGAAGGGAAACAUGCAAACAGUGGUGUUAAUGACAUAUAACCCCCUUCUUAUUCAGACUGUGCAGAAAAAAAGGCCUUCGUUCAGAAGCAGUAGCUCCAACUUUUGCCACAAACCAGUGCUGCAUGACCUCUGUAGCUGUGCCACAGUAAUCAGCAGAUUUCCAUUUUCAGUAGCACCCAUCUAAUCUAUUUCCUCUGUAAACCUUCUCGCACUCUAGCACGUAAAUAACACACAUGGUGAUCACAGUAAUCUCUUAUUCAGUAAUGAUACAAGAAAACAUGGAAAUGUUACUUCAGCUCUAAGUGUGUACAUAAUCAACUGAUUUCAACAUUAUUGAGGACCUAUGUGCAAAUCAUACCACACCCACUGAUCACUAUCUACUCCAUUCCUCUUGGGUGUCUGUUUAAAUCUUUCACAAUGCCAAUCGUUUAGUUGUUGGCUUACUUUCUCAAAUCCAGUCAAUUGGUUGGUAAACUCCGAAUAUGCCAGAAUAUGUGGUAAACACACCAAAACAGCAAAUGUUUGAAGUUUUUACGUUAACUUUCCAAUCUUUGUAGCUUUUAGAAUGAAGAAGAUGACUGGACUGAUAGACUUCCGAAGCUUCCCUUAGUAUCACACGAUGUUAGGCCACAUGCUGCGUCUAGACAUGGUUUCUUCAAACUGGGCAUCAUGGUUCGUGGAAUCACCUGAGUAGUUUUUCUUCAGACACAGAAAGUAGUCCCUUGCUUUCUAUUGAAAAAUGGCCUUUGUGCCUCUAAACAUGACAUAAACAUUUCUGCAAAGUGCAGCUAAUACUAUUUACUGUAACAUGUCAUAAAAACCUUAAAAGAAAACACAGAGUGCACAACACCAGAAGCACUCUGUUUACGAAUGAGUUCUGUAAGCACUUGGGAUCUGUCCAUGGCUAAUUAUUUAAUUAAAUCACAUCUAACCU